GUGCUGGAUUUGGAUUAGGAAUUGUUUUCUCAGUCAUCUUCUUCAAAAGAAAGACAUGGCCUAUCGCUUUUGGGUCAGGGAUGGGGUUAGGAAUGGCUUAUUCCAAUUGUCAACAUGACUUCCAGUCUCCGUAUCUUCUCCAUGGUAAAUUUGUAAAAGAACAGUGACUAAUGACUAAGACUAUCCCAGUGGGAAGGAAGGAGAAAUCAAUGAUUAUUCCUCAGGAAUACUGAAGUGCCCCUGGAAUAAGCCAACGUUCUUCAGUAACGAUCACCAGUAACUCUUUAUACUCCAACAAACUGUUUCUGUACAUGAAACAAAGUUCUGUUGCUUGUUUUGUGUCAUGUCUGGAAAGUGCAAGGAAGAGCUUUUCUGGGAAAUAAAUAAAAGAAAAAUGGC